AUGAGUAAUUACUUGUUGAGAUUUGUAGCCAACAACAUAGUUAAAGUUGUUGGUGUAAAGAGACUUGCAAACUAUGUAGCUUUGUCAAUAGGACCAAAGAUUAUAGAUCAAGCUGUAAAUGUAGCAACCAAGGGAUAUGUACCGGUUAGAGCGGUUAGAGUAUUGAGAACAUCUUUAUCAUAUGCACCACUGGCUGUGGUGAUGGGUACAGGAGGUACAUCUCUAGUAACCUCAAUAACCUAUUAUAUAUUAAUUCAAAUCUCUGAGACUGUUUGUAUGAUGGUUGUGAGAGAAGCUGCUAGUCGGUCAUUCCAAGGUAUAAAAUAUAUAUGUAAAGCAACGUACAAUGGUAUGAGAGGAGGUGCAAAUGCAUUGGAACACAAAGAAGAAGAGAUGGAGGAAUGGGUAUUUAUCGAGAAACCUGGGUUGGCCAACGGAGAAAAAGACGACGAUAUCAAACUAUCGAGUGAACAAAUUAAAGAGUUGGAGCAGUAUGCUGCCAAUAUCGAUAUCGAUGAAUACACAAAGAUUGAUCAACAAUCAAUAAUUGAUGCUUCUACAAAUGAAACCAACAACAACAGCAACAACAAAAACUCACCACCUUCACCAUAUCCUCCACCAACAUACCAAUAUGCACCUCCAUCACCAAUAUUCAUGGAAGAACAUUUGAAAAAGGAAAUUGAUGAUUUUGUAUUUUUAUAG